UAAUAUGGCACGGAGACGGUUGAAUAGUGUUUUCACACUGCUGUUGUGUACUAUAAUGACUGAAAAUGUGUUAACCGACAAAGCAAGAAACGUACUUCUACUGCUAGCGGACGAUGGUGGUUUUGAAAUCGGAGCUUACCGAAACAAAAUAUGCCAGACACCGAACAUUGACGCCUUGGCGCGCCGCAGUGUCAUCUUCAACAACGCUUUCACCUCCGUUAGCAGUUGUUCUCCUAGCCGCGCAGCGUUGCUGACAGGUACCCCGAGCCACCAAAAUGGAAUGUAUGGACUCCAUCAGGGCGUGCACCACUUCAACUCGUUUGACAACCUCACCAGCCUGCCCAACGUGCUGCGGGAGCACGGUGUCAAAACUGGUAUAAUUGGUAAGAAGCACGUGGGUCCAUCGAGCGUGUACCGCUUCGACUACGAGCAGACGGAGGAGAACAACCACAUCAACCAGGUGGGCCGGAACAUCACGCAUAUGAAGCUGCUCGCCAGAGAGUUCCUAGCACAGGCCAACCACGAGAAAAAACCAUUCUUCCUGUACGUGGCCUUCCACGACCCGCACCGGUGUGGUAACACUCAGCCGCAGUAUGGACCGUUCUGCGAGCGGUUCGGGUCCGGCGAGGAAGGAAUGGGAGUCAUACCCGACUGGAAACCGUGGUACUACCAGUGGGAUGAAGUGCAGUUGCCCUACCAUAUACAAGACACAGAAGCAGCGAGGAGAGACGUGGCUGCACAAUACACGACCAUGUCACGACUCGACCAAGGUGUAGCGCUGAUAAUCAAAGAGCUGGAGGCGGCUGGUCACCUCCAAGACACACUGAUUAUCUACACGUCUGAUAACGGUAUACCAUUUCCGUCGGGACGCACCAACUUGUACGACCCUGGGCUACGGGAGCCGCUGCUCAUCUCGUCUCCGGAGACCAGCGCGCGCAGGAACCAGGCCUCAGCCGCCAUGGUCAGCCUGCUAGAUAUCAUGCCUACAGUGCUGGACUGGUUCCACAUACAACAGCCUGAAGAUGACUCCAAUGAUAUAUUAUGGGACUCUGAUAAACCUAAGAGUCUAUUGCCAAUUUUGGAAAAAGAACCGGUACCGUCCCAGAGAGAUGCUGUGUUCGCAUCUCAGACGCAUCACGAGGUAACAAUGUACUACCCGAUGCGGGCCAUCAGGACGCGCCAGUACAAGCUCAUACACAACAUCAACUUCGGAAUGCCGUUCCCCAUAGAUCAGGAUCUCUAUGUAUCCCCCACUUUCCAGGAUUUGUUGAACCGCACCCGCAGCAAGCAGCCCCUGCCGUGGUACAAGACGCUGAAGCUAUACUACCAGCGGCCGCAGUGGGAGCUGUACGACGUGCGGGCCGACCCCACCGAGACCAACAACCUCUAUGGUAAGCCGUCGCUGGCAGUCACGUGGCAGGAGCUGCGCUCGCGUCUGGAGGACUGGCAGCGCAGCACCCGCGACCCGUGGCGAUGCGCGCCCGCCGCCCUGCUGCAGGACCACCACUGCCGGGAGUUAGACAACGGAUUAGCAGCCCUAGAGCGCUACCGUCCGCUAUAGGUCCCUCGCACUGUAUACAUUUAUUAUAGUGCUGUUUCAGAGGAGCUUCCUGCCGUAUAGGUUUAAUUCUGGAAUGAACUACCUUACGAAAUAAUC